CUAGGCCGAGGAUUAGAUCUCACGUACCAGCUGGUGUCAAAGACCUGCCCCUUGAUGAUCUCCCGAAAGCACUGCGUUUUCCAGCAAAAUGCAGAAGGGCAGUGGACUGUCAAGGAUAACAAGAGUCUAAACGGUGUGUGGCUUAACAGACAGCGCCUGGAUCCCUCAAAAGCCUACCCUAUUGCUGAAGGAGACCGUAUCCAGUUGGGAGUGCCUUUGGAAAACAGAGAGACUGCCGAAUACGAGUAUGAAGUGAUUAAAGAGGAAUGGGAGAAAAUCAGGCCCUUUUUAGCCCAAAAGAGCGACCUAGGGAAAGGGAAGAGUUCAAGAGCGAAACGUAAAUUUAGUUUGGAGGAGUUGGAGACGUCUGGAUCAGAAGGGCCUUCAAACUCCAGAUCCAAAAGAGACAGAGUGUCCUGUGACAAUGAACCUUUGGGUAAAUCAUGGGGCAGGGGAGGAGAGGCCAAACAGUUACCAAAGACCGACAUCACGCUGCCUUCUCCCGGACCGAGCGAGGAGGAGAGCAGCCCGGUGCCCAGCAGCCCUGUGUGCUCUCAGAAAGCCGUGGCUGUCCCCCUGCAGGACCAGAAAGGCUCUGGUCUGGCACAGUCGUGGACUGGCUUGGAGAUGCUGAGGAAAACCCUCGCGGAGAUCCUGAAGUUGAAGGUGAAGGUGCAGGAGAAGCAGGCGGCCGUGCUGAGCGUGAGGCAGCGGCGCAGGAAGUGUGCUCAGAAGGAGAUCCUGGCCAUGGAGCAGGAGCUGCGGGACUUGCAGGACCGGCUGUGCACGGAGCAGGAGCACCACCAGCAGCAGGUGGAGGAGCUGGAGAGGACGUUCUCCGAAGAGCAGCAGAAGCUGGAGGUACAGCGGUGGCAACGUGGGGAAGAGAAUCUGAAGGAGCAGCUGGCCCAGGUCCUGCAAGAGCAUCAUGCUUUGAUGGAAGAACUGAACCGUAGUAAAAAAGAUUUUGAGGAGAUAAUUCGGGCCAAGAAUAAAGAACUGGAAGAAACCAAGGAGGAGAAGGAAAAGGUGAGAGCCCAAAAAGAAGAGGUGUUGAAUCAGAUGAACGACGUGUUGGAGAACGAGUUGCAGUGCACAAUCUGUUCUGAGCACUUUAUCGAGGCCGUCACGCUGAACUGCGCCCACAGCUUCUGCUCCUACUGUAUCCACGAGUGGACGAAGCGCAGGGCGGAGUGCCCCAUCUGCAGGCAGGAGAUCACCUCGCAGACGCGCUCGCUGGUGCUGGAUAACUGCAUCGACAGGAUGGUGGAGAAGCUGGGGGUGGAGACGAAAGAGCAUCGCCUGAGCCUUAUCAGAGAGCGGAAAGAGAAACAGAAUGCGUCGGUGAAACCAGCCACAGGCAAUGACAGCGGUGCCAUUCCGUCCGUCUACUCCAUCUUGUCGAUGAGCAGUUGUGACAGUGAGGACUCUGAGGAGGAUUCUUACUAUAAUGGAAGCUACUACGUUAUCUAAGCACUGUUCCCGCAGACUCAUUUGCCUGGGGGCUGCCCAGAACCAGCUUAACG